AUGAUAGAGGGAGCUAUUGUAAAGAGCCAGCCAAUACUAUUCACUGGUACUCAUGCAUGCACUGAUUUGGACAUGUAUACAACCCAACAGCCCCUGGAGGAUCCAGCACCUGCACCAAAAAGAAACGAUGGACGAAGUAAACGACCAGCAGCCAAGAUUCACGGAAUGAAAUCUGUGAAAAGUUAA